UGAAACUUAAGUGAGAUCCCUAGCACUGACUCUACACUACUGACUACUGAAGAGCAGGUUUCAAACAUCACAAGAGAAACUUCAGGAUCCUACAGUGAGCGCAUCAGACAGAAAAUGUUUGAGGAGGAACUUAAGAAACUGGAGUGCCACUUCACUUGGGACUUACAGAAGGAGGAUGCUGAUCUUAAUUACCUGAUGAUCAAAUUCUCUGAGAGUCUGUCAGUCCAAACCGAUCAUGGAGGGAAUUUCAGACAGAGAAAUUUAAAUUUUUGUGCUUACAUUUAUCACUUGCAGGGCUUCAGUGACCAGGCACGUGACUGUUUGGAAAAAGCAAAGGAAGCACAAAAUGGUCAUUCUUCCAAUAUAGUCACAUAUGGAAAUUUAGCCUGGUUGCACCAUCAUGUGGCUGACAAUACCAUGACCAAAGUUUAUUUGGAGAAAUUGGCACAAAUCUCUGGAGCAUUCCCUACUCCAGCAGAAGAGAUGCAACGUGAGGUCCUGAGUGAAAAGGCAUGGUCAUUUCUGCACUUCUCCAAAAAACACUAUAUCAAAGCAAAAGAGAUCUUUCAUGAGUCUAUACAGAAAGAACCAGAAGACAAAGAGUGGAACACUGGCUAUGCCUUUGCUCUGUUUCACCUGGAGGGCUUGGAGAUCAGGGAGGACAAGCGCCUACCUUUUGAAGAGUCGCCUGCAGUGAACCAGCUAAAAAGAGCCCUAAAACUGGAUCCAGACAAUGCUAUGAUCCACAUCUUCAUGGGCCUCAAGUGCUACAAGAACAAUAGAAAUGCGGAAGCAUGGGGACACAUGAAGCAAGCACUAGACAUGGCUCCAUAUGACCUGAGUGUUGUCCUGAGGGUUGCUAAAUUCAUGAAGAAGGAGCAGUGCUAUGACAUGGCACUGGGGGUGCUGAACAAAAUGUUGGAGAAAGCACCAGAUUCCUCACGUUUGCAUCAUGAAAUCGCCAAGAAUUACCGCUGGAAAGCCAUGCAAUUGGGAGACACACACAACCCGAAGCUCCUAAGUCUUUGUAUACAUCAUUCAGAAGAGGGAGCCCGCCUAAAUCCAGAUUUCAUCUACCCACAGAUUGAGUUAGCACUCAGGUAUGCUGAAGUUGGGAACUAUGCAAAAGCAAAGCAAAAGUUCCAAGAGUUGAUUGCACGCCCGGACCUGCAGCCGGCAGAUCUCCAGGCUUGGCACCGCAUCUAUGGAGAUUUCAAUAUGUAUCGCCUGGGCUCAGAGGCAACAGCAGUUAAGCAUUAUAAAGAGGGCUUGGCACUGCGAAAAGUAUCCACUGAAUGGAGGAUCUGCAAAAACAGACUUCACAAAGUCCUUCGCAAUACAAGAAAUGAUGUGUACCAGAUUCGAGAGUUCAUGAAUUCUUUGAGAGAAAGUGCUGAGCGUAUUGAGAAUUAGGUUAGUAUUUUGUUCUCCAAAAGACAAGGAGUAACUCGUUAUCAAAUCACAUAGAAUUUUCAAUAAUCAUGAUUAAUGUUAAAUAUAUUUCUACAAGAGUACUGCUUAGCAUAUGAUCUUAAAAUUUUCUUAUUUUCUGUUACAUGAUUUCAAAAGAUGGGUGUCAAAUUUUAAAAAAACAGCGUUCUGUUAUGCUACGGAGGGAUUUUACUGUAAUGUUUUGUCUCUAGAGAAAAGUCUCAUCUCAUCUCAUUAUCUGUAGCCGCUUUAUCCUGUUCUACAGGGUCGCAGGCAAGCUGGAGCCUAUCCCAGCUGACUACGGGCGAAAGGCGGGGUACACCCUGGACAAGUCGCCAGGUCAUCACAGGGCUUCUAGAGAGAAGUGUUAUUGAAAAUUAGUACAAAGUUUUUUGUGACUGACUGACUUUACUCAAUGAUGAAACAUUUAUAUCUUGAUUGGAGUGCUCCCUUCCUCUUCACAAAAAUCCCCAGGACUCACUGAAUGCUUGGAUGGUCAUCAAGGCUUCUCCAAGUGCAUGUAAUUGAACACCUAUUGUAUAGGAGAUUUUUGACUGACCCUCUCCACCUCUGUCAUCAAAACACCGAAACACCUACACUGACAAUCUUUUGGAAUAGUGUUCAUCUCAGCAGUACGCAGUUCUCCAGGCUUGUAGGAUCUGUGCCAAGGUGCACUGAAGCUGUUCUGCUGAUUCGUUCUGGCAUAAGGCAUGUUAUGUUGAUUUUUUUUCGAUAUACGUAUAUUGGUCUUCUGUUUUUUUUUACUUAUAGCACAAAUGCAUGAGCAUAGAUCUAAAUGUCACUUUAUUCGCUGUUCCUAAAUAAUCAGCCAGUAGUACAGUCUUUACUGUAGUCUUUACUACUACUGAACCUCAUGACAUCCACACCACAUUAAUCCAUAUUUCAUAGCCACUGAGAUCUUUUCUUUUUUCCAUCACACACACAAAAUUGAGGUCCAGUUGGGCUUCGCAGUAUUUUUAUACAUGCAUAGGUGGCUGUUAACUGCACUAAAUGGUAUCACUAAAUACACCUGUCUGGAAACAUCUGCACUCAAUUUAAACUUCACUUAUUUAUCUAGCCCUUUCCUUUAUCUAUAAGGAUAUGUACUAACACAGUAUUAGACUUGGGUUUCAGUUUAAUAUUCAACUAUCUAAACUUUUGCACAGCAUUGUUAAAAGAAAGACUAUUUGGUAAGAGCAAGUUAUCUGAAAGACACACUAUCAGAAAUAGAGGUACAGUCGAAGUCCAUUUCUGUCCCCCAAGGUACAAUCUACACUAAUGUACCCCCUAGAGCUCAUUAUUGGACAUCAAGGUAACAGUGUACCUUUUUAGAGCCAAAAAGGUACAUAUUAUGUUCCCAAGCAGUAUAUAAAGGGUACAAAUAAGUACCUUAGAGGGUACUGCUCCAGUGACAAGCCAUUGUACCCCUAAAGGUACAAUAACUUACUUUAUUUUCUGAGAGGGCGGCAUGGUGGUGUAGUGGUUAGCGCUGUCGCCUCACAGCAAGAAGGUCCAGGUUCGAGCCCCGUGGCCGGCGAGGGCCUUUCUGUGCGGAGUUUGCAUGUUCUCCCCGUGUCCGCGUGGGUUUCCUCCGGGUGC